CACAUACGCUGCGAUAAAUUCACAUUGAAUGUGUAAAAAAAUUAAAAGGCUUUUAACGUCUGCUAAGAACAGACGUAUUUCAAACUUAAGACGGCCAUAAUAAAAAUAUACACCCCCAAUACGUGAAAAUAAGUUAUAGAAACUAGAAAUAGUUUCUAAACGAAAAAGAAAUAGUGUCGUGCAUAAGGAAUUUGAUGAUGUUGCAUUACAGGAUCAAUUCCUUUUUACGUUUUGCAACCGUGCACUCAAAACUUAAAUCCUGUUAAUAAUUCCCAAAACGUGUUCUUCUAACUAAAAGUGUUCAUUUAAAGUUUAAAUACAAGUGCAUACAAAGAAAAACAUGUCCUUUUCGUUUCCUUAAGAUCCUUUUUCAAAUAAAUAAAGUGCAAAAAAAAAUCAUUCCUUGUCUCGAAACGAAAAUAGUGUUUUAAUAAAUAUAAAUAAAUACAUUUUCAAAAAAUAAAUAAACCAGAAAAAAAUCUCAAUUGUUAAAGACGUUAAAAGCAUCUUCCCACGUCAGCAACAAUAACAGUGACAAUGCAUUCAUCUGCUGCUAAACAGACGGGCUUCAUGUCCCUUAUGGUUGUGCAAAUCAUUUUCUUGGCACUAUAUUGGUGGUUCGUGCGUUACGAUAAAAGUGCAAUGCCCAUUGAUGUCCAUCCAGAAGGAGAAAAUGAGCCUGAAACACACGAAGAGGAACCAUCCAAAUAUCCUCAUUUCCAAGAUAUCCAAGUAAUGAUAUUUGUUGGUUUUGGUUUUUUGAUGACAUUUUUACGCAAAUACGGUUAUAGUGCUACAGGUUAUUCAUUAUUUUUGGCCUCAUUGGUGGUACAAUGGUCGGUUUUGAUUAAAGGCUUUUUCGAAAUGGAAGAUGGUGUAAUACAUCUUUCCUUGGAAAACAUAAUUGAUGCUGAUAUUGCUGCAGCUGUACCUUUAAUUAGUAUGGGCGCUCUAUUGGGUCGCACUACACCCAUACAAUUAUUGUUCAUGGCAUUGUUUGAAGUGGCUCUAUUCGCUGCCAAUGAAUAUGUAGCUUUGCAUAUUUUCAGCAUCUGUGAUGUUGGUGGCUCCAUUACUGUACACGCAUUUGGUGCUUACUUCGGUUUGGCUGUAAGUCUUAUGUUACGUCCCAGCAAAGAUCAAAAUGAGCCUGGCAAAUAUGAAGGUGCAAAUUAUGUCUCUGAUAUAUUGGCUAUGAUUGGCACAUUAUUCUUAUGGAUCUAUUGGCCCAGUUUUAAUUCCGUAUUAGCCAAUGGUACUGGCCAAGAGCGUGCUAUUUUGAACACGUAUUUAUCAUUAGCAGCUGCAACAGUUACAACAUUUGUUUUAUCGGCACUUGUCAGCCACGAGAAUAAAUUGGACAUGGUUCAUGUACAGAAUUCUACACUGGCAGGAGGUGUUGCUGUUGGUACUGUUUGUAAUCUACUGAUUGGUGCUCAUGGUGCAAUAUUAAUUGGUAUUAUUGCUGGCACAGUAUCGGUGUUGGGUUAUCGUUUUAUUACGCCAUUUUUAACAGCCAAAUUACGUAUACACGACACCUGCGGCGUGCACAAUCUACACGGUAUGCCAGCUGUAAUCUCAGCCAUUGCCUCCGUCAUUUAUGCAUCUCUGGCAAAACCAGAACAAUACAAAUCGGAUUUGGGUGAUAUCUUUCCGGCAAUGUUAAGUCAACCAAAUAACGAAACAACAAUAAUAUUAGGGGGCUAUGGUCGUGAAGCCAGCAGCCAAGCUGGUUAUCAAUUGUUGGGUAUUGGUGUUACUGUUCUAGUGGCUAUUGUGGGUGGCAUUUUAGCAGGUCUGGCAUUAAAAUACACCAACUUCCGUAAGUUACAAAAGGAAGAACAUCAUCAGGAUGAACUCUAUUGGGAGGUGCCCAACGAACAAAAGGAUGAAUAGUAAAGUGAAGAUAGAAACUACUAUAUAACAAAACAAUAAAAACAACACAAUAUUAUAUACAGUAACCAUUUUAAUAAUAAUUUUAUUAAAAAAUUUCUCUUAAAUUUGAGAAAAUUUUUUAAUUUUUUUUCUUUUAUAAAGGUUUUACUGUAUUUAAUACAAUUUGCUCACCGAAAACAUUUACUCUAUAUACUGUUUAUUAGUUUUAAUUUUGCACAAUAUUUAGUUUGUUUAAAUAUUUUUUGUUCUCUCUAUUAUUUCUGUUGCUGCCUAAAUCAAUAAAAUAUUUUAACUUUUUUUUUAACUUGUUCAUUGGAAAA